GGCGCCAUUUCCCCACUGUGGCUGCCAGGAGAAGCAGAGCGCGUGUUGCCCUGUAACCCCGCCCCCUGACCCGGAAGUGAUUCGGAUUCUGCCAGAGCAGACAAGAUGGCGGUCGCCGUGAGAACUCUGCAAGAACAGCUCGAAAAGGCCAAGGAGAGCCUGAAACACGUGGACGAAAACAUCCGCAAGCUGACCGGCCGGGACCCCGGCGAUAACCGGCUUGCACCAGCCAGGCGGUUGACGAUCACUGGCCCUAACGCGAUUGGAGGCAGAGGUCGUGGUGGCAUUGUGCUAAGGCGUGGACUCUCGGAUAGCGGAGGAGGACCCCCAGCUAAGCAGCGUGUUUUUGAAGGUGCACUCAGCAGGCUGGGCGGGGAGCGUCGGCAAAGGAGAGAGUCACGCCAUGAGAGCGACGCUGAGGAUGAAGAUGAUAAAAAGCCAGCAUUACAGUCCUCAGUUGUCGCUACCUCCAAAGAGCGUACACGCAGAGAUCUUAUACAGGAUCAGACUAUGGAUGAAAAGGGCAAACAGAGGAACCGUCGCAUAUUUGGUCUGUUAAUGGGUACCCUUCAAAAGUUUAAGCAAGAAUCCAAUGUGGCAGAUGAAAGGCAAAAACGACGUCUCGAAAUUGAGCAGAAGCUUGAAGUACAGGCCGAAGAAGAAAAGAAACAGGUUGAAAAUGAGAGGCGAGAGCUGUUUGAAGAAAGACGCGCCAAACAGACAGAGCUGCGACUACUUGAGCAGAAAGUUGAGCUGGCACAUUUGCAAGAAGAGUGGAAUGAACACAACAAAAAACUCCUAAAAUACAUUAGAACUAGGACAAAGCCUCACCUGUUCUACAUACCUGGCAAGAUAUGUCCACUGGCUCAAAAAUUAUGUGAGGAGUCGCAAAAAAAAAUGAAUGCUAUAUUUGAAAGCAGAUGUCUGGAAUUUGCAGAGCAGUUAAACAAAAUGGAAGCUAAGCCUAGGCGACAUUCCAUGAGAGACAAAGAUCAAGAGAACAAGCAGGAUGAAGAGAAUGAAGAACAAGAGGAUCGUGAAGAUGGUAAGGUAGUUCGGCAUGAGAAAGAGGUGGAGACAGGUAACCAGUCUAAUGAUAUAGAUAUGGAGGACACCUUAGAGGAGGAGAAGGUUAAUAUUAGUGUUAGGGAUGUAGAAAUGGAACCGGAGACUAAGGUUGUAGAAGAUAGUGAAGAAUCCAAGCAGAGAGAGGAAAAGAUUGAGGAAGAAGGUAGAGUUGUUGUGGAAGAGCCUCAAAGUAUUCAUGUUGAAGAAAAGGAAAUUGAGGUGGAAGAUGGGGAAGUAAAGGAAGAGGAGGAGCCCAGUGACCAUAAGGAGAUCAUUGAGGAUCAGAAGGCAGUUGAGGUCAGUCAGCCAGAUGUGUUAGAAAUAGCAGAUGAAAUGCAUGAAAUCGGGGACGCAGAAAUUAGGGAGGUUGUAGAUGAUCAGACAGAAGAUAAGCCCAUCGUUAAUAAAGAAAUAGACGAGCUGAAGGAACCGGAACCUGAAGUACAAAGUGAAUCGCCAGAGAAAAUUGAAAAGGCUGUAGAACCAAUAUUAAACUUCCAACCACCAGACCAUUAUGAGACUCAGGCUCAGCGGGAGGCUCUCUUAAUGGCAGAGGAAGGGCCAGUUGCUGAAAAAGAGGCUGCUGUGGUAUCGUUAACUUUGACAGAGGCCCAAAUAGAACAGGUGAAAGCUCCAUCCACAGAGCAAAAAGAGAAAAGAAGCAGAGGUAGAGCUAGGAAUAAAAUGGACAAGAGCCGUAGUGCUAGUAGCAGCAGCAGUAGCUCUAGCAGCAGUUCCAGCUCCAGCAGCAGUGGGAGCAGUUCUAGCAGUAGCAGUAGCCAGAGUAGUUCAAGCAGUAGUAGCAGUAGUAGUGGGAGCAGCAGCAGGGACAGCAGUAGUAGCAGUAGCAGCAGCAGUGAAAGAAGUCGGAGCAGAGGCCGAGGGCAUGUAAGAGACGAGAAACGCAGGAGGAGUGUCGAGCACAAGAGGAGAGAUGCAUCGGGUGUAGAGCGAAGUCACAAGUCUUCAAAAGUCAGUAGCAGAGACUCUAAAGGAUCCAAGAACAAAAGUUCACGUUCUGACAGGAAGAGGACCGUUUCAGAGGGUAGUCGGUCAGGCAAAAGACCCUCGAGGAGUGAAAGAGACCGUAAAUCAGACCGGAAAGACAAAAGGCGUUGACCAGUUUUCAUGCCUAUUUGCAACUGAAGAGUAAUAAAUUGCCCCUUUUACAAAGACAUGAUGCUGCCUUAACAGUUGCAUGAGUUGUUGUUUUGGAAAGCACACAAACUUUAAAAAAAUAUUAUUUUUUAUUUUUUUUUGCAUCAUUUUAUAAUGGGCUGUUUAUCAAAUCAAUGUAAGCAGCAACAACUCGAAAUAAAACAGUUAAGGAUUUCACAAA